AUGAGCACCAUCGCCUUGGCUCCACUCAUGUGCUUUAGCCACCCGAAUGGCGUGCACAGUGUCUUGAAAUACCCCAGCGUCACGUGCGGCACACCAGAUCACACAGUGAUGCUGGUAGCCGGCCUACUUCUUCUGCUGCUUGGCGUUUUGGGCUUCCUGGCACUUUGCACAUAUGCGGUGGUGGUGGUGCCAACAUGGAGCAGCACUGGCAAGGGUGAGAGGGUGCAAGCCUUCCGUUUUUUGCUCGGUCGAUUCCGCUUGGAUAGCUGGUGGUUUGGGGUGGCGCUACUGGCACGCGGUCCGUUGAUGUCUCUGCCAAUUGCCUUGGCAACUGACUAUCCCCCGAUUCAGAUCAUGGCCGUGAUGUUGAUUUUCCUGCUCUUUCUUGUCAUGGAAACGCGGGCUUGGCCCUGGAAGGUGCCACUCCUGAACGUGCUGGGCAGUUUCACUGGCCUUUGCAUCACCAUCCUGGUGGCCUCGAAUGCCCUCCACAUCGGCACUGUUGAGGGGGCCAUGAAGCAGUUUGCGGAUGUUCUUGGUACUGCGACGAUGGGUCUGCUUGGAACGGUGAUAUGUCUACUUCUGGUAAUGACAAGCAGCGCCCUCGUCUACCAGGCAGCUCUCGGCGGGCAGAACGAGUUGUGCAUGUUCAACCUCCAGAGAGUGCCACCUGCUGUCCUGGUCAGCGCAACCCUGCAUAAUACCGCGUCGCAACUGGCACAGCUGGAGAGGCUUGAGGUCACAAGAAGUGUGGGUAGGUUGGCUGUCUACGACAUCAACCUCCUACUCUCAGCCAUGGCCCUGAUCGCCUCGGAGGUCACCUUCGACCAGAGCUCCCCGCAGUUUCGCCGUCGCAUCUUAUGGGUACUUGGAAAUAUGUUUUUUGUUGUUUAA